AUGGCUGCAACUUUGGCGUCUAACAUUGUCCCUCCAGUGUAUGGAUACACUAUUCUGGCCGUCACCGGCACCUUCUUUCUCGGAUUCUGGCACGGUCUUCGCGUGGGACAGUUCCGCAAGGCAGCCGGUCUCGGUUACCCAACUCCUUACGCCGACACUGCUCAGAUGAACGCCGCCGACCCUGAGAAGAAGAAGGCCAUGUACCUCUUCAACUGCGCACAGCGCGCCCACGGCAACUUCCUCGAGAACCUCCCAUGCGUCGUGCCCGCCAUGCUCAUCGGUGGACUGAGAUUCCCGGUUGCGACCGCUCUCGCUGGUCUGGGCUGGGGUAUCUCCAGGAUCGUCUAUGCUGUUGGCUAUACCGACAAGAACAAGACCAAUGGAUCUGGAAGGAUGCUUGGAAGUUUCUUCUGGCUGUUCCAAUUGGGCAUGUUCGUCAUGACUGGAAUGGUUGGUUACGACUUGAUCUCGAAGACAUUCUAG